AUGUCAGAAAACGAGGACUUGAUAUCUUCGUUGUAUCCUCCGCCCCCACCGUACUUCAAGUUCUUCACGGAAGAAAACAGAGCUAAACUCGAAGCCUGGCAAAAGGACCACGAUGGAAAAGAACAACUGGUACCUGAACCUCCAGGCGAAUUGAAAUUUCUUGUGCCUCCAAAACAACCAGAGGGAACCCAUUACCGAGGCUAUGGAAGCUUGUGGUCCUUUGAGGACAAAUUGCCCAGUCUCGAGGACCUGGGAUGGAAAAAAUUGUACGAGUCGGUCGAUGACCAAGAUACCAGCAGAGCCAAAAUCCACGAAUUACACAAACUUACCGACUCCCUCCUACUUUGUUUUCUCGAGCUCAUUGGUAUCAUGUCAAUUGAGCCCCAGCAGUUUCACGUAAAGAUCGAAGACCUCAAAUUAAUACUCAUCAACAUCAACCACAUUCUCAACACAUAUCGUCCUCACCAGUCGCGAGAGAGUUUGAUAAUGUUGCUACGGCAAAACAUAGAACAGAAGCGGUCUGAAAUAACAGAAAUCGACAAAACUUGCGACAGUAUUCGACAGAGAAUAGAGGCAAUCAUGGACCAAGACACAGGCCAGUCUGAAGUAGUUGAGCCUUCUUCUGAAAAACCCAAUCGCCAGGCAAUUGUGUCUGAGAUCUUAACCAACUUUAGGGAGAAUUCGCAAUAG